AAUAAUGCCAAAAGUACAGCCAAAAGUGUCCAAGUUCCAAUACACAAAAGCUGAGUUAACGCAAAUGAGUUUUACCAGAGAAGGUGACGGUGACCAUCCUUGUUUUCCUUACGACCUACCCUUCCCUCCAUAGUUUCUUAUUCCCUCUGCUCUCCACGUUUCUCUUAUGGAUUUUCCUUCAUUUAUUCUCUUUUCCCGAACAAGCACCUCUCGUCAUGAUUCCUCCUGUUCCUUGCCUCUAAAACCCAUUCCCAAUCCACUUGCAUCUGAGCCCGGGUUCUAUUCCCUUUCGUUCAAGAUAGCAAUACUAUCUGAAUUUAAGUUUCUUUUCCAUGAGGCUGUACGUUUUUCUGUUCCAAGCUAAGGACUUGCCUCUUAAGAACUCCUACGUGAAGCUUCAAGUUGGCAUGUUCAAAUCCAAGACUAAGAUUUUAAAGAAUACUACUAACCCUGUUUGGAACCAAGAGUUUCUUUUCCGGGUCCAUGAUGUUGAUGAGGAGGUUGUUGUGUCUGUUUUCCACCACGAGGAUGAUUCUGGGUUCUUCAAUCUAUCGGGGGAGUUAAUGGGUCGGGUUCGGAUUCCGGUUUGCUCGGUUGCUGCGGAAGAUAAUCAGAUAUUGCCACCAACAUGGUUCUCUAUAGAAAGACGGCCCAAGAACGGGAAGUGUUUUGGGCAGGACUGCGGGAAAAUUCUCCUUAGUAUAUCUUUACAUGGAAAAGGACAUGUCACUCUGAACAACCACCUCCAUUAUUCAAACAUUAACAUUGAGGGUCCUGAAGAAUUGGAAGCAUCAUGUGCAUCGGAUGAUAUGGUUUGUUCGAAAACUGCACAGCGGAAGAUACCUGAAGGGAAGCAAAUAAUAAAGGCUGUUGCAAAUCGUCUGGAGAGGUUAUUCCAUAAGAAUGAGGCACCCUUAAGAAAUAUCGAUCCUUCUGAAUUGGGCAUACUAUCUGAUUAUGAAGAUUGUGCAGAUGAAUUUUCCACUAGUUGUAGUUUUGAGGAAGCUAUGGAAAUAUUAUAUUCAAGAGACAAUGAACAAGGAAUGCCAGAAAAUCUUCAAGGGGGAAUUCUCCUCGAUCAGAUAUAUGUAGUCUCCACACGUGAUCUUAAUAGAUUUCUUUUUGCUCCUGGUUCACAGUUCAGGAAAGAUCUGGAACAACUGCAAGGGACAACAGAUGUGCAAGAGGGGCCUUGGGAAUGGAAAUCAGGAGAUACCUCCUGUUUGACACGAGUUGUUACUUACAAAAAAUCUGCAACAAAAUUAGUUAAGGCUGUUAAAGCUACUGAGCAGCAAACAUAUAUCACAGCAGAUGGGCAGCAGUUUUCUUUAUAUGCCAGUGUAAGUACACCUGAAGUUCCAUAUGGAAACACCUUUAAGGUUGAGUUGCUUUACAAUAUUAUGCCUGGACCAGAGCUAUCUUCUGGGGAAGAAUCAUCUCACCUCAUUGUGUCAUGGGGUAUUUGUUUCCACCAGAACACAAUGAUAAGAGGUAUGAUUCAAGGAGGCGUUAGGCAGGGGCUGAAGGAAAGCUUUGACCAGUUUUCUGACUUGCUGUCUAAGCAUUUUAAGGUUCUAGAUUCCAAGGAUUCAAGAGACAAGGAUCAUGUUUUGGCAAACCUGCUGACAGAACACCAGUCAGAUUGGGAUUUGGCACUUGAAUACUUUUGGAAUUUUACUGUAGUUUCUGCAGCUUUUAUGGUUUUCUAUGUCCUAGUGCAUAUUUUGUUUUGUGAGCCGGGCAAAGUUAAUGGCUUGGAAUUUUAUGGACUUGAUUUGCCAGACAGUUUAGGGGAGCUUUUCACUUGCAGUAUACUAUUCAUUCAUUUGGAGCAUGUUUAUAGGAUGAUCUCACACUUUGUACAAGCUAGGUUGCGAAGAGGAAGUGAUCAUGGACUCAAAGCUCAAGAUGCUGGAUGGGUUCUCACUGUAGCUUUAAUUGAAGGGAGAAAUAUACCAUCUCUGGAAUCAACAGGAUUUUCAGACCCAUAUGUGGUCUUCACUUGCAAUGGCAAGACAAAAACGAGCUCCGUCAAGCUUCAGGCUCAAGACCCUCAAUGGAAUGAAAUAUUGGAGUUUGAUUCUAUGGAAGAACUGCCAUCAGUGCUGAACAUGGAAGUUUUUUACUUUGAUGGUCCAUUUGAUCAGGCUGCCUCACUUGGGCAUGCUGAGAUCAACUUCUUGAAAUAUAAAUCUGAUGAACUGGCAGACUUGUGGGUCUCGCUUGAGGGAAGACUCUCUCAGUCUUUUGCAUCAAAGCUGCACUUGAGAAUUUUUUUGGACAACAAGAAAGGUGUUGAAAUGAUUAAGGAAUAUUUAACAAGGAUGGGCAGAGAAAUAGGGAAGAAGUUAAAUAUACGGUCACCGCACAGGAAUUCUGCAUUCCAGAAACUGUUUGGUUUGCCACCUGAAGAAUUUCUUAUCAGUGAUUUUACAUGCCAGCUGAAGAGAAAAAUGCCUUUGCAGAUAUUGAUGUCUAAUAUGGGACUACAUUCAAAUGUUCAGAAAGGAAGAAUAUUUUUAUCUGCAAGAAUUCUGGGGUUCUAUGCCAAUUUUUUUGGGCAUAAAACAAAAGUUUUCUUUCUAUGGGAGGAUAUAGAAGACAUACAAGUGCUUCCUCCCUCACUGUCUUCUAUGGGUAGCCCCUCCCUAGUCAUAAUUCUAAGAGAAGGUCGGGGAGUUGAUGCAAGGCAUGGUGCAAAAGCUCAAGAUGAAGAAGGAAGGUUUAGAUUUCACUUCCACUCAUUUGUAUCAUUUAGUGAAGCCUACAGGACAAUUACAGGCUUAUGGAGAACCAGAACCUCGAGUAUGGAGCAGAGAGAAGAAACUGCAGAAGAGCAGCUGGGUCAAGAAGAUGACUCUAUAAAGCUUGAAGAAAGAGGAAUUAUUCUAGAUGUUGAGGAAUCCAAGUCCAAGGUUUAUGCUGCUGAACUUCCUAUUAAGAUGGAGUCAGCAAUGGAGAUUUUUGCUGGAGGAGAGUUGGGAGCAUAAAAUAAUGGAGAAAUCUAGUUGUCUAAAUUAUGAAACUACUAGAUGGGAACCUCAAAAGAUUGGUGUUUCUGAAAGGCAUGUGUCUAACAAGUUCAACCCCUAAGUUUCUAUUUUUGGAGAUGUCACAUGCACACAACAAAAAUCUCGUAUUGCAAAUGAUCAAGGAUGGCUUAUAAAUGAAGCCAUGAUCCUACAUAAUGUUCCAUUUGGUGACCGUUUUCGUGUCCAUUUGAGAUACCAGAUUGAGAGGUCUGCCCUUGCUCAUAAUGCCUGUAAAUGCGAUGUUUAUCUAGGGAUUGUCUGGCUGAAAAGCUCUGAGUUCCAGCAGAGAAUCACUCGAAAUAUAACAGAGAAAUUCACGAACCGUUUGAGGGAAA